GGUCUGCUACCGUGCGCCGUAAUACUACUUCACGUCCUCCGGACUUUAUGGAUUUAUAAUCGGAUGUCUGAGGAGCGGAUCAAGGGGAGCGCAGCGAGGAUUUUAACGCUGAACGAGCGGACUUCUUAUCGGGCUUGACCGGGACACUUUCCCCACGAAACGCGGGGAAAACUGGAUUAAGCUUCUUCAUGCAACUUUUUUGGAGAGAAACCAAGAGCACCUCAGCGGGAAAUAACAAGACCAGUAACGGUCCCGCAUUCUCUCUGAGUCCCUGCGGGGCGAUGUACCAAGGGUUCCCCGGCGACCCCGACAGCGGAUCCCGCGGAAGCUCGUCUCCGUCUAUAGAGUCCCAGUGCCUUUCCUCCGUGGACUCCUUCGGGAGCCCGCCGACCUCCAGUGCUCCGCAGGAGUGUGUGUCAGUGGGAGCUGGCUUGAGCAUUGCGGGCAGCGGGCUAGGAACCAGUGUCGGAGGGGAGAUGCCUGGCUCAUUUGUGCCAACCGUCACCGCCAUCACCACCAGUCAGGACCUGCAGUGGAUGGUGCAGCCAACCCUCGUCUCUUCCCAGGCCUCUGGACAAAGUGGGUCCACUGGCACCACAACCAUGACCCAGCCAGUGUCACUAGUUGACCCAUAUGAUAUGCCAGGCCCCAGUUACUCCUUGAGGUCUGGAUUCACUCCUCCGAGUUCAGAAACUGCGGGCCCAGCCCCGGGCCCUAUGCGCCAGUCUCGAGCCCGCAGCCGCCGCACUCGUGACGAGUCUGUGAGUGACGAUGGAGAUGUUGGUGUGUUUCUAACACCUGAGGAGGAGGAGAAGAGGCGUGUUCGUCGAGAGAGAAACAAGUUGGCUGCUGCCAAAUGCAGAAACCGCCGACGAGAACUCACAGACAGACUGCAGUCGGAGACGGACAUUCUGGAGGAGGAGAAGGCUGAGCUGGAGGCCGAGAUUUCUGAGUUGCAGAAGGAGAAGGAGCGCUUAGAGUUUGUCCUGGUGGCCCACCAGCCGACCUGUAAGAUCCAAUACCAGGACCAGCCUCCACAGGGCCCAGCGCAACUCCAUCCGGUCCAGGCCCAGCUCCCUCCCCAGACCUUGCAACCUUCUGUCUCCAUUGUGGGCUUGGCUGUGAAGGAAGACUCUUUCUUCCUGCCUCCUGCCUACACACCCCAUCCGGCCUCCACACAGUCCCAGCCUCCGGUUCAGCAGCAUCAACUUCAGCAGCAACUUCAGCAGCAACUUCAGCAGCAACCUCAGCAAGGGAUAAUGCAGGAGGUAGAGUUUUCUAGUUCUUUCUAUGGCUCAAGUGAGCCAGUACCUGGUGGGCCGUGCCUUAUGGCCAGCGACGGUGGUGGUGGUAACCAUGACGAUGCCGCCAUUGGCCGCUACAACACCUCAUACACAUCUUCAUUUGUGUUCACCUACCCAGAGGGAGCCUGCGGGGUCAGUGCCAACCAGAGGAACAGCAGUAGCGAGCAGUCAUCUGAUUCCCUGAACUCGCCUUCGCUGUUGGCGCUCUGACUGACCGACAGACACAUGCGCACACAUAUCAACACGUAGAUACAUUGUACUCCCUGGAAGUAGAGGCUGAGGCUAGUAUAUGCACAGUGCCAAUCAGUCUCACAGAUUAAGAAAAAAGAAACAGUCAUUUGUAUCUGAUUGGGUUAAAGUUUACCAAUCUGAAAUACAUUCCAAAAAAGAGCCAUACAAACCCUUAAUAUUGAGUUUGAACAUUGAAUAAAUUCUGGUUUUGUAUUAUCAGAAUUCCUGCAACUGGACGAGAGAAGUGAAUAAAAAACCACGUCCAAGUUGCCACUUUUAAGUGCUCUGAAUUAACAUAAUAACACACAACCAAUACUCUGAAUCUUCACCAUAUACAGUAAAAUACCAUAAUUUCACUUUACAGUGCAACAAACACCAGAGCCUCCACCUUGUUCCCUCUGUCGGUUGCCCCCUUUCCAGUGCUCUUGCUCUCAUCCUUUUCCAUAACUUUCUCCCUUCUGCUCUUGCUGAAUGUAUUUGUGCAAAUCUGAGAGCGGGACGAAGGACACUUGGUUACGGGUCUUUUUUGUGGGAGACUGCUGAACGCUGGCUUACCUCUAACCCUUCAUCUGCUCGACCUCCCUCAGCUUCUUCAUAUGCUGCUUGGACUUGGCACGUUGGGGAUCUGAGUAUCACAGGCUCUGCUAAAUCUUGUGUUUUCUUCCUUUGUUUUGAAAAAAUACUUCUGCCGUCUGCCUACCUGCCAUGCGAACCAUCUCGACCCAUCUCUGUUUUUCCUAUUCUUUCUCUGUGUUUCUCCCUCUCCCUGAAGUCUUCAUCCCCCGAGAGCCCGAAGACCCCUUCCAGCCCCUGGGACCUUGAGUGAAUGCCGGCCUAACUAACACGCCCCUUUGCACCCUCUCAUACAAGGACAAGGACACAUACACAGACAGAAGAACCAUUAUCUUCUAUCUCUGAUCCUCACAGCGCAGCAGCUAAAUUUUUAACACACGCACACAGACAAAUAAUUGAUGAACCCAAAAUGCGAGAUGGAUGCCGCUGUCCUCUGCUGAGCCAUUUUUACAAGAUGAAGAUAAGACUCAUCUAAUGUUCUGAGGCAGGUUAAAAGUGGGUGGAGAGAGAUUUUAACAGGAGUGGAGGAAGGAAGUCCAAGCAACCUGGACAGACUCAAAUGGAUAGGUGAUGGAUUACUAUCGAUUUUUGGAACCAAAUGUUGAAAACAAAGAAUGAGCCAAAUUCUUUAAAAAAAAAAGCUAAAAUAGGAAAGAAAACAUAUCGUGCUCUUGCCAACCGUGUGGGAGGGUGACCUCAGUAAAACACACCUCCAUACCACAGGGCUUCAUCACCCUGGGCCUACGUGUGCAUAUUCACACCAUCGUUUUCAAGUCUCUGAACUGAAGAUACAGACAUUUUGUUGCAUCGCACCAGCUCAGAGUUUUGCUGAGAAUCAAUCAGAUGUGAACCGAUGCUUUUUAUCCAAAGGAGGGACCGUUUUUUUUGGAGUGAUUCAGACAACCUCUAAGCAUUGGGCUCGGUGGUCUCUGUACCGCCCCUGUUCUCUCAGUGGAGACGAGCUGGGGGUGCGUUUAUUGUGAGUGCAACCACUCGGAGGCACCUGGCCCGUUUAUUUCUUUCUUUAUUGAGGUUGAUGUGGUGAGAGAGCACAAAGCAAGACCCAGGAACAAAAGAGGAUUUAAAAAAAAAACAUGGGCCGAUUGUUGUGGAGUGAGCGUCCUUUCUUUGCCUGUGAAUUUGUAAAAUUUGUUUUUCCUGUAUGUUCAAGUGAGAACUGUUAUAUAUUUUAAUGUUAACGUAUGUUUGUGUGUUUAAUUGUUUUCCAAUGACCUCUGCUUUCUCUCGUACUGUUGCCGUUCCAUGUUUUUUUUUUACUUUUAUAUUUUUUUAACCAAGAGGUUUCCUUGUUACUGUUACUAUUAUUAUUACAUUAUAACUAUUGUUUCAUUAUUUUAUUGUAUUUUCAUUUGGCAACUUCAGAGGCAUGUUGUGCACUACAAAAAAAAUUAUAAGUCUAUAUGCAUAUACAUAUAUACAGGUAACAUGUAUAUAUAAGUGUAUGUACCAUGAUUGUAAAGUAUGAAUGUCUGCAGAGCUAAAUGGGAUAUUUUUGUCAUUAAAGAAGAGAAAGAAAAAAUAUUGCGGAGGUUUAGUUUUAAAAAGAAUAUUUUUCUAAAGGAACAAACAAAACUAUAUUAGAUUUAAAGAACCGCCCUGUCCUUUAACAUGAAGCACGAUGUCACUGCCUCUAUCAGUGUGUAUUUAUGUUUUAUAAACAAUAUAAAGCACUAUCCAGUUAGAUUAAAUGUACGUUUAUGAUUCUGAUGUUAGAAGGUUGUGGUAACAUCUGUUGUUUGUUUGUUUUUCUCUGUGAGGUCUGUCCUAAACCUACUGACACCUUGAUGCCACUUGAUCCUUAGCAGAUACAAAACGAGGGGAAAAAAAUCUGUGUGAUUGUCAAUACACAUUAAAAGUGUUCAGACUACAGCGUUGUGACUAACCUGUUUCAUUUACAGACAAAGUAUUUCAUACCCAGUAUGCAUUUCUGUCCAGUAUAAACAUAUCACUCAAUAACACUGUUGUUUCAUGUCUGAAAAGUGUGUUUUGAAGGAUUACUGCAGCUUUAGCCUUGAUAUGAACAUUAUCAUGUUAAAGUUUUUCCAUUCUUGUACUCAAGCAAAUGUGUUGCCUAAUCAAGUAAAAAAAAAACAACGAAUUGUGAUUGUAUUUGCUGGAUAACAAACCUUAUUUUUAAUAAAUAAACAGUUUAUUUAAGGCAAUGAUCAGAUCAAUCGUAUGAAUUUUGGCUCUUGGUGCAGAAAACGGGCAGACCUCAUUAUUUCAAAUGUUGAAUAACGACUGUGUCUAUACAGAUGUUGGAAAUGCCUUUUGAUUUUUCUCAAAAUGCAAAUGUGAUGAGAAUAUGUCCUGGUGUGAGGAUAACCAUUAGACAUAUUUAAUAGUUCUCAUGUAUAUAGGUUUUUGUGGUGCUAACUAUAGUAUACUAUAAUGACAAGGCAGUUUCAAGUUGUACGAUCGAAGGUCACACAUUGCUGUUGCAGAGGCUUUAAUGCUGCUCGUCUCAUUGGGACGUUUUAUUCUGAAAGGAAGCCAGUGGCACAGUGGAUUCCUUGCAGCUGAAGCUCUGAGAGCCCAGAAAUGAUUGUUAUAGUUUCAUAUCAAUUGACUGCUACGUCUUUAAGUGUGAUAAGGCAGAUCUCGGAGGGCAUUUAUGCUGUACCUGCUCUCCACACUUAACUCCCCCUGAUAACCAGACAACAUGUGAGACUCUUUCAUUUAAUUCCUUUGCCUUAGAUUUAAUUGAAGUUGUCUGAAAUUGCUAUAUAUUUUUUUUUUAUAAUGUUUCAAUUACUUCUGAAUUGGCUUAGGAAUUAGACAGGAUGACAAAGAAGAAAAGGAGAAAUAUUUAUGUACCAGAUAUAAGACAUAGAAACUGCCUGCACUUACCUGUACUGUACAAUGUCUACGUGUCAACUGAACCAGAGCUUUCUUAUUUUUCUAUGAUGAGGUGAAUGUUGCUUUAUAUUUCAAAGUCCCAUAUAUGGUCUAAUUUCAUACUCUCCUUGGUAUGACAUGCAAUACUUAUUGUCCUCUUGGAUAAACAUAAUGUAGCAAAUCAUGCAGUGCUCAAACUGACUGCUACUAUAUGUCAAGUGUGAUGAUGUAUUGCUUUAAUUAACAGUUUAUGUUACAAUAUUAAUACUGAUUGUAAUAUUUAAUUUUGAGACAAUAUCCUUUAAGAAAUUGUGUUACAAUUGAUCCCUUAUUGAUGACCAGCAAGGUUUUCUCCAAUUCAAAAAGUUAUUGUUUUUGUAUUAUGAACCAUAACUUUAAUUAGUGUUUUAUAUUUUUUUUGCAAACAUUUACAUUAUCUUUAUUUUUCUGGGAUCAAAGGUUGCAAUUGUGUCACAUUUGGAAACAACUGAUAUGAUAUAUUUUGAGAUUAGAGGAGUGACAAGUAUGAGGAAACUUGUCUUUGAUUGCAGAUGUCAUUUAUAAUUAAUAAUUAUGAUGAAGGUGCUCUGAUAUACAAACCCCCUAUUUUUUCAGUGCAUAAGAUUUCACCCUAAAGUACUGUUCACUUAUUUUUAUAAUUUCAUUGUCAGUUGUUUACACUCCUGAAGAGGACCAAAGUCUAUAUGAUAUCUUUGCCAUGUCACUCUUGUCAUCUCUGCCCUCUGAUCUGUCCAUAUUCCAGCUUUUGGGCGUAUUUGAAGUCCUGUAAAAGUUUACAUAAAAAGUUUUCUCUCACAGUUUCUAGAAUGGAAAUGCUGGGUGAGCUGUGCCCUUUAAUGAUGUUUGACCAAAUGCUAUUCCUUUUCCAAUUUGUGAACAAAUUACAUAAAUAAAGUAUUACAAGGUAAA